AUGGUACUUUGCAAAAAAUGUCCUGAGCAUCUUCAUCCCGCUCAAUACAAGGACUGCCUUGCUGCUACCAUACACUUAAUUCAAAAUGCAGCUUCCCUUGGGGUGGAUCCUUCCAAGAUCAUCGUUGGUGGGGACAGUGCUGGGGGCAAUUAUGCUACUCUUGUUGCUCAGAAUCUGGUGGAGAGAUCAGACCUUCCAAAGCUACGGGCUCAAGUGCUGAUCUAUGGGACUUCCCAGGCUAUGGACUUCAACCUGCCUUCCUAUCAACAGAACAGCUCAAUGCCCCUCUUGUUCCGGGAAAACGUUGUUUACUUUGGCCUGAAGUCCAUUGGAAAGGACCCUUCUUUGGCAGGCCAGGCCCUGAAGGGCUCUCAUGUGCCAGAUUCAAUGAGACUGAAAUGUGGGAAGUGGGUGAGUUCAGACAACCUUCCAGAGAGAUUUAAGGGGAGAGGCUACAAACAAGUCCCACUUGCUCCCUAUGGACCUGAAGUCUAUAGGCAACUGCCGGAGAUAUUAGAAGCUGCUUUUUCUUGCCUUUUUGCUGAUGAUUCUGUCAUCCAGAAGCUUCCUGAAGCCCUAAUUGUGAGCUGUGAGUACGACAUAAUACAAGACGACGGAUUGCUGUACAAGAAACAUUUGGUUGACCAUGGGAUGACAGUCAGCUGGUUCCAUGUUGAGAACGGGUUUCAUGGGAUGAUCAACUUCUUCAAAGGAUUUAUCUUUGCUUUCCUCGCUACAGUUAAAUUACUGGACAGCAUCAUAGACUUUGUCAAAAACUUAUGAGACGAAAUCUCUUGAAUUAGUGAGUCAAUCAUAAGGAGGGGAGAAUCUGCCAACUUCAGCUUCUGAUAGUUUCUCAUUUUUCCAAUCUUCUAUUCAGUUCUCCACAAUUCUGUAGAAAUAUGUGGUUCUUGGGGGCAGCGGGGAAUUCCUCAUGAAAAUUCACCAGCACUUU